AUGUCUCGCGCUGGCUUAUGGGCAAAGGUCAUUGUCGGUGGCAUCAUCAUCUCAGCCGGUGGCCCGGCAUUGGUUCAAUACAUGCGACCGACCGAUGAGGAACUCGUGAAGCGAUACAACCCGGAUCUUCAGAAGCGCAGCGCGGAGCAAGGCGACCGGAAGGCGCAGGAAUUCGACGACUAUGUUCAAAAGCUGAAGGAGUGGUCCAAGUCAGACAAGUCCAUCUGGUUUGCCGCGCAGGAAGAGCAGGAUAAGAAGCGGGCACAGAUGGAGGCUCAGCGUGCCCAGGCCAAGGAGGAGUCCCGGAUACAACGAGAGGAGAUGCGCAAGGAGAUUUUAGGUGAUAAAUGA